UACAUUGUAUAUCAAGGUGAUAUCAAGUUUUAAUCAAUUUGUAUUCUACAGUAGCGUAUGGUCAGUGUGUUGCAUCUCUUCAAGAAAAGCAUUUUUUCUCGUUUUACGUUAUUUUUCCCGUGGAUUGACUGAAUACCCCUCCAGGUCGAAAUAAUGCACUAUUUAUUUGUGACCAAAAGGUAAACAUGUCCAUCAUUUGAUCACAGAAAAAGUGGGUCAAUUAGACUUCAAAUGACUAAGUCACGUCAGACAUGCGUGCGCGCUCCCGCUGAUCUCAGUCAAUAAAUUUGGAGAGCUCGCGCCUCACUUCUUAAUUGCACUUCGAGCAUGAAGGAUUUCCCAUCACCUUUCUGUGGAAUUAAGCGGAUAUCAGAGGAGAUAUAGAAACAGGAAAACAGAAGCUAAACCAUGUUUAAAUCAGUGUUUGGAAACAAGAAAGACAAGGGAAGAAAAUCAGAAGGAAAAAAGAAUCAGAGACAUGAAGCAGGUGAAGUGUUCAACUCCAGCACCCUGCAGAGGAGAAGCGGCCGGAAUGCCACUCACAGCCACAAUCACACCGAUAGCCCAUUUAAGCUGAGGAGACUCUCUAAGGGGGUGUCAAUUUCUCUGCCGUCGUCCCCUCUUCUCCCCCGUCAGGCGGACAUCGCCUCCUCUCGAUCCUGUGUCAGGUUCCCAGGACGGGUAGGGAAGCCGGAGUAUGUGGAUGGCUUUUCCAGCACCAGAGAGCCUCUCGUCUUUGCCUCGUGCCGCGGCAAGUCAGAUCACAGAGACCUCCACGUGGAGCCCCACCUCGGGUCCUCCCUUUCCACCCAGGAACUGAUGACCAGACUAUGCUUCUUACUGGGAGAAGCAACGGCCGGCACUUCUAGCUCUCCAAUGGAGGACAGGAGGGAAAAGAAGUGUGACACCUUUACCCAGGGGGGGAGUCCCUGCUCCACUCUGACCUGCAGCACCACCUCACCCUGUUCAGAGAGCCCCACAUCCACCCUGAGCACCAGUGCUGGAGGCCAGUCUCUGCCCCAACCUUUACCCUUAUCUGCUCCUCACUGCGGAUCCAGCACCAGCCCAAGUGGAACCCUCUCCAGCCCCGCCCGCAGCCCGGCACCUUGCUCUGCCUCCGGGCUCGUACCUGGGAACAGCCCGGGGCCUCCAUCUCAAAGCCCCACCUCCACCUUGGAGAGCAAGGAUAGUGGAAUUAUAGCAACCAUCACUAGUUCUUCUGAGAAUGAGGACCGCAGCACCUCCAGUGAGGUUCCCACCAAGGAGGAAGGCGGCGGUGGGGUUCCUGGAGUCACCCAUCACGCAUGUAAUGAUCGCCAUCCACGGCCAACCAAAGACAACUUGAUGCCACAAUCAGAUGAAACUUUUCGAGGAACUGAGAUCACAGAACCCAGGACUCCACCUGCGCCAAAAAGACCCCUCCCUCAGCACAACAAACACCACACCUCUUCGCUGGUGGCACCCCGUCCAAACUCAGUGGCAGCCACCAGUUCAACCCGUCUGGAAGAUUUGAGUUAUCUAGACAGCCAAAGGUCUGCUGGGCACAGGAGCUCUGUCCGCAAACACAACACAGCUGGACGCACUAGUGAUGACUCCAAAGGGAGAUUGGUGCCAUUCAAGCAAGCAGACAUCAUGCUCAAGCCACUGCUGUUUGAAGUCCCCGGCCUCACAGCAGAGACUCCUUUUGUGGGCCGGGAUUGGCUCUUCACGCGGCUGGAGGACGUCCUGAAAAAAAGCAGCAGCUGCGAGGGACGUGGGGCUGUCAUCGUGGGGAACGCGGGGUCUGGCAAAAGCGCUAUCAUCUGGCGGCUGGUGACGCUCAGCUGCCACGGCACCCGAACGCCACACGGAGGUCCCAACAUCCCUCACAGCCCCGGCUCCUCUCCAAAAUGCGGGGACAAGCAGGGAAAAGCUGCCUCCAAAACGCCGGCUGAUUCCAGCCAGAGCCCCGCCGCAGGAACGAGCGAUGCUACAGCGCAGAGGAAGGAUCCUGUCAGAAGCUUAGCUGCCAAGGUGGUAGCAUACCAUUUCUGCCAAGCUGACAACACCUACACCUGCCUGGUUCCAGAGUUUGUGCACAGUGUCGCCGCUCUGCUGGCCAGAGCACCGCAGCUCACUCCAUACAGGGAGCUGCUGGCACAGGAGCCUCACUUGCAAAACACACUCAGCUUACGCUCCUGCGUUCAGGAUCCCAUCGCUGCCUUUCGAAAGGGUGUCAUAGAGCCUCUGGCCAGCCUGCGCAAAGAGCGGAGGCUGCCUGAAGAAGACUACGUCAUACUGGUGGACAGUCUCAAUGAGGCAGAGUUUCAUAAACCAGACUAUGGAGACACAAUAGCAGCCUUCAUCACCAAAAUCAUUUCCAAGUUCCCACUGUGGUUGAAGCUGGUGGUCACCGUCAGAACUGGUCUUGUGGAAAUCACCACGCUCCUUCCGUUCUCUGGCAUUUCUCUGGACAUCCUGCCAGACAGCAGCGAUCUGGGAGCCGACCUGAGCGACUACAUCCAUCACCGGGUCAGCAGCAGCAGCCAGGUCGCUGCGAACGUCACCACACCAACAGGGUCCGCUCCGGAUCCUCUGCUGCUCAGCAAGUUCAGCAGCCACCUGUCCACACGGAGCCACGGCUCCAUCCUCUACCUUCAGCUCACCCUGGAUCUGUUCCACAAAGGGCACCUGGCUUUGAAGGGAGGAAACUAUCUGGUUGUCCCCGUCUCUCUGUCUGAGGUGUAUCUGCUGAUGUGUCGGGAGAGCUUUCCGGAUAAAGACGUCUUCGAGCGGGUGCUUCCGGUGUUAAACGUGGCUCUGGCGUCUCUGCACCCGCUGACUGAUGAGCAAAUGUUCAGGGCGCUGAACGCCGGCGCUGUGAAGGGGGAGCUGGAGUGGAAGGACUUCCAGCAGAGAUUAGACAGUCUGGCUGGAUUCAUGGUGAAACGCAGGGAUGGUACCCGGAUGCUGUGUCAUCCCUCCUUCAGGGAGUGGCUCGUUUGGAGAGGUGAUGAAGAGAGCAACGACUUUCUUUGUGAACCGAGGAGUGGCCAUGCACUCUUGGCUUUCAUGUUAUCCAGACAGGAGGGAAAGCUGAACCGCCAACAGACUAUGGAACUGGGUCAUCACAUCCUCAAAGCCCACAUAUUCAAGGGUCUGAGUAAGAAGACCGGUGUGUCCUCCAGUGUUCUUCAGGCAGUGUGGGUAAACUGCAGCACAGACAGUUUAUCUGCAGCACUGGCCUCCCUGAGGAACCUCUACACACCUAACAUCAAGGUUAGCCGCCUGCUGAUGCUCGGGGGUGCCAGUGUCACCUGGUGUACGGAGGUGAUAGGACACGCCCCCAUCCUGGCUGUUCACGCCCAUCUGGGGCAUGUGGAGAUGGUUGCUUUGCUGCUUGAAAUGGGUGCUGCAGUGGAUGGGACCACUGACAGUGGCAUGACGCCCCUCUGUCUCGCCGCCGCCGCAGGGCACGCCGACAUUGUUACCCUGCUUUGCAAGAAAGGAGCUAAGGUGGGCCAUGCUGAUAAGAACGGCCAGUGUGCUCUGGUCCAUGCGGGACUGAGGGGCCAUGCAGAAAUCAUCACCUUCCUGCUGGGCCAGGACUGGGGAGCAGAGGUUUCCAGUGACCCACAGCAGCACCACAGCAACGAAUCAAUGACUGGGAAAAGACAGGCAGCUCAGCAGGCAGUCACUGCAGCAGCCAGUGUGGGACACACACAGGUGGUGAAAAGCUUGCUGGACUUGAAAGAUGAACAGCUGGCAGUGCAGAUGGACGUUCCUGACUCACUCUGGGGAGAAACGGUGCUGAGCGCGGCAGCAGGGCGAGGGAGGACAGAGAUGUGCGCCCUCCUCCUGGAGCGAGGAGCGAGGCUGGAGAUACCAAAUCGCAGAGGAAUGGUGCCUCUGCUUAGUGCGGCCAAACAUGGACACACACAGGUUGUAGAGUUGCUCCUAAAGCAAGGUGCUGAUAUUAAUGUGAGUGACAAACAGGGUCGCAACGCGCUGAUCCUGGCUGCUGCUGAGGGCCACACCAGCACCGUGGAGCUGUUGAUGUUAAAGGGUGCCGCUCUGUCCUCUGCUGAUCAGGAGGGGCUGACUGCACUUAGCUGGGCCUGCAUGAAGGGCCAGAAAGGUGUGGUGCAGCUAAUGGUGGAGGCAGGCGCGGACCUGAACCAACCCGACAGGCAGGGACGAACUCCGCUUGACCUGGCUGCUCUGAACGGCGAUGCAGACACUGUGCAUAGCCUAGUGGAGCAUGGAGCAGUGCUGGAGCGACCGGACAACAGUGGUACCAGAGGUUCAGACCGAGCGCCUGGCUGUCAGAACCCAGCUCUGGUGGCUUCACUGCUUAAAAAGGGAUCCAAGACAAGCUACAGAACGGCUCCACACGAUCGAUCAGGUCAUGCUACAUGGGCUAUGGCUUCCUCCAAACCCGAUAUCCUCCUCAUCCUCCUGCAGAAGAUGAUGGAGGAAGGGAACAUUCUUUAUAAGAAGGGGCGAAUGAAGGAGGCAGGCCAGCGCUAUCAGUACGCUCUGAGGAAGCUGCCUCGCGAGGGGCAGGGGGAGGAGCUAAAGGGCCUCAAAGACCUGCAAGUCUCCCUUUAUCUGAACCUUUCUCGCUGUCGCAGGAAAACCAAUGAUUUUGGCAUAGCUGAGGAGUUUGCAACGAAAGCUCUGGAGCUUAAGCCCAGGUCCUAUGAAGCCUAUUAUGCCAGAGCCCGAGCCAAGAGGAGUAGCAGGCAGUUUGCUGCAGCGCUGGCAGACCUCCACGAAGCAGCACGACUUUGCCCGACCAACCGGGAGAUCCGCCGCCUGCUGGCACGUGUAGAGGAGGAAUGCAAGCAUUACAAGAAGAUAUCCGGCGGCAACUUGACACAGGGUUACAGCAAGGACCCUCACACCCACCACCAUCACCACCACCAGCCCGCAGAGGAGGAAACAGACAAUUGUUCGCAGGGAAGUCUAGAGAGACUAUUCCCAGUAGAGCAGGCAGAUGCAGAGAGGGAGGAGGACAAGGAGGAAGGGGAUGAAGUGAGCCUCCAAUGUGGGAAAAGUCCAGAGUUUUGGCUUCUGAAUCCGUACGCUCCGAACAGGACUCUUCCGGGAAACCUGGCCUUUGGUUCAGUGGACCAGCCGCCGUGUUUUCCUCCUCAAGAAGAAUAUUCACCGAGCCAGCUGUUUGUGGAUGAGCCGGCUCCAGGCAUCAGUAGGCAGAGUCAGAGCCAGAGCAGCAGGACUCAGCACCACUGCCACUCCCUCCAGUCGGGGAGCAGGGUCGGGGUCAGGCCCAUGUCUCUGUGCGGCCCCUCUAGUCCUCUUCCAGGGAGGCACAUCUCCACCUCCUUGAGGCCCGCACCCACUUUAGGUCUUGAUAUUGGACCAGUGAGUGAACACUCCGGAACGCUCAGCCCCACUGAGCAUUAUCACCCCAUGUCCCCCAGCAGCUCCUCACCACCUGGACCUUUCCAGAUGUACCAGCCACGCUCUGCCAGUUUCUCCAGGGGCCCCGACAGGCUGUCCACUCACGCGGUGCCUCUGGAUGGACUGGCCCUCGCCCUGGGGUCCGGUAUGGAGGUGAGGAGGGACGGCGGUGGAGGAGGAACGGCAGGCUCAAGAGGCUCCAGCUCCAGCCAGGCCUCCAGUGGGAACCUGUCAGACGGCGGGAGGCAGCAAGACGCCCCCUGUCCCAUCAAGAGCAGCGGGAGCUUCAAGGCAAAACCCGACAUAAAGCCCCGCCCCUUCAUGGGAGUCAUGGACAAAUCAGUGCGAGUCCAGGGUCAGCAGACCUCUGGCUUGAGCCGACAGAGUCAAGGAGGAGCCGAAAGCUUUAGCAUGUCGGUCAUGGAGUGCCAAGGGCUGAACAAUGAGUUCAAACGUGCCUCCUUCCAAGAGCAGCUUCCUGGGAGCCAGCAGCAGGGCAGGGAGCUGGCAGAUCGCUCCCACCAGCGAGAGACCAGAGGCUCCUCAUCCUCACAGCUCUGCUUCCCUGAAGGGAGGCACAGACAGGCGAGCCUCACCAGAGACAACCCCGCUCUGCACAUGGCUCCGAUAAAGCCCAAACGCUCCUUUAUAGAGUCCAACGUCUGAACAUAGAUGCAGGCUGCUCUCAUCACGCUACGUCUUACAUGAGCCGAAAGCGGGAGGGAUCGCCUCCCUCAACCUGUUCAGUAGAUUUUAGCCGAUCGCUGCAUUUACAAUCAAGAACCAGUGUUCGACUCAGGCCACUGCGCUUUUGCUUACAUGUAUACAAUAGUGUAUUCUAGAAAGCCAGACACACCCUCAGUGGGAUCAGAAAUAACCAGUAGUUGAUUGUUCCGUUUUUAACUAUAUCAAAUCUAGAAGUCAGAGAAGCUUUGUGCACGGAUCUUCAAAAUCUUGAGCUUUUAGCUGCAGGAAAUGACCAUUUCUAUCGUCGAGCGUCUUUUACAACACAUUUAUAUUUGUACGGUAUUUGCAGAUAAUAUAUUUCCUUUAAGUGCUUAUCUGUCAGCAUUACAGGCUUUAGAAGAAACAGCUUUCUUCUAAAAAAAUAUGUAGUUUCUUGAGAAGAAAGGGAUUUUCUUCAUGAAAGAGUCUUUCUUGGUACAUUUGAUUAUAUAAAAAGAAACAGAAUUGUAAAUGAAUUUGUUGGAAAGUUGCUGUCCUAUUUUAACUUAAAUGCAUCCAUAUUGACUGUAUGCAGUAUGUUAUUUAUUUUUGCAUAGCAGAGAACAUAUCCAGAUGAAAUGUCUAUGUAGAUACAAAGAGAGCCUUACAAAGUGAAGGAUGGAAGAAAACUUUACAGAGACUUCUUACAUUGCUAUAUGCCCAUAGUUCUCAUAUACCCUCUUUUCAGAGUCAUACUAUGCUAUUCAGAAUGUUACCACAUUAUUAUUGUGGUAUAAUAAAAAAUAUGAAUGAAGAAA